GCCGAGCGGGAGGUUGGGGUGUUGUUGUUGCCGCCAUGGUGCUGAGCCCGGUGCUGGGAAAGCUGGUCAGUAAGCGGGUGGUGCUGGCCAGCGCCUCGCCGCGCCGCCAGGAGAUCCUCACCAACGUGGGCCUACGGUUUGAGGUAGUUCCAUCCUGGUUUAAAGAGACGCUUGAAAAGUCAUCUUUUGCAGCCCCUUAUGAAUAUGCCAUUGAAACAGCAAAACAGAAAGCUCUUGAAGUAGCAAAUAGAAUGCAUGUGAAACACCUGAGAACACCUGAUAUUGUUAUAGGAGCAGACACUAUUGUGACUGUGGAUGAGCAGAUCUUGGAGAAACCAGUUGAUAAGCAAGAUGCAUAUAGGAUGUUAUCAAGGUUGAGUGGGAAGGAGCACAGUGUCUUCACAGGAGUGGUUAUUAUACACUGCAGCAGUAAAGACAAUCAGCUAGAGACAGAAAUCACUGAUUUCUAUGAAGAAACUAAAGUAAAAUUUUCGGACCUUUCAGAAGAGCUCUUAUGGGAAUACAUUCAUAGUGGAGAGCCCAUGGACAAGGCUGGUGGAUAUGGAAUCCAGGCCCUUGGUGGAAUGUUAGUUGAGUAUGUCCAUGGAGACUUCUUGAAUGUGGUGGGAUUUCCUCUGAAUCACUUCUGCAAAAAGCUAGCAGAGUUGUACUGUCCACCCCUUAAACAUACCAUACAGCAUAUAAAGCAUGACUCUAUCCCUUCUGUGGACACUUUUGAGAGCCUAAGUGAUGGAGAAAGUGAAUCCUCAAGUUUCAAGGAACAUAAAGGUGCUAUUAAGUUGGACAGUCCCUCGGGAGUUAUUUGCAACUCUGAAAACAGCUCUGGUGUCAGAACUGGUUCUGUGGUACCUUUGGAAAAUCAGAAUGGAGUGUCAGACAGUGCAGCAAAAGUUCCAUCUAAAAUUCUAGACCUGAUGGAUGGUUUUAGAGCUUCAAAGGCUCUGUUUGUGGCCUCUAAGCUGAAGAUGUUUGAUCAUCUGAAAAAGAAAAGUCCUCUAAAGGCUGUGGAUAUUGCAAAUGAGGCUGGAACUUCUGUGUGUGGAACUGAAAGACUCCUUGAUGCCUGUACUGCUCUUGGGUUGCUGGAGAAAACACCACAAGGUUAUAGUAAUACAGAUUCAGCAAAUACUUAUCUGGCAUCCGAUGGUGAAUACUCGCUUCAUGGCUACAUUAUCCACUCUAAUGACCAUCUUUGGCCUCUCUUUACACACUUGGAGUCUGCUGUUAAAGAGGGAAGCAGGCAGAACCAUCGAGCCUUUGGAAAGAAAACAGAGGAUUUAUUUAACGACUAUUACCAGAGCCAGGAGGUGAAGCAGCGUUUUAUGGCUGCCAUGCACAGCAUUGCCCGCCUUACAGCAAGAGAUGUGGCUACAGCAUUUGAUCUUUCAGAGUUUAAGACUGCUUGUGAUUUAGGAGGUUGUACUGGAGCUCUGGCUCACGAAUUAAUACAAAUAUACCCAAAUAUGAAGGUCACAGUGUUUGAUCUUCCAGAAGUCAUUGCAAACACUUCUUGCUUUCAACCAUCAGAACAGCGUGUGGCUUCAGUGACAUUUGUAUCAGGUAACUUUUUCACGGAUGACCUCCCAGAAGCGGAUCUUUACAUACUUUCACGUGUUCUUCACGACUGGCCUGAUGAAAAGAUUCAUAUACUGUUAAAGAAAAUAUCAGCUGUUUGCAGACCAGGAAGUGCCUUGCUAGUGGCAGAAACUGUGCUUGAUGAGCAGAAGAUACACCCUCCUAGAGUGGUACUGCAGUCUCUGAGUAUGACUGAAGGCAAGCAGAGAAGUGGCUCAGAAUAUAAGCAGCUGCUGGAGAAAUAUGGAUUCACAAAUACACAAAUUAAGAUCACAGGCAACUUACUGGAUGUUGUUUUGUGCUUCAAGAAGUCAGUCAUCUUGGCAUGCACAGAAAUAGCAUGAGAUGCUGAAUUGUUUUAACAUGUGCAAUAUACCUAUCAUCACCCAACAUUCAGUUUAGGACCAUUUUGACCCUUUAUAUGAAACGUGGAUGUUAUAAGCUUUGAAUAAAAAGUUGAACUCAA